GAGAAGUCCAGCCCUUCUUCUAGUCAUGUGCUGCUGACUGCGCUGCUCUCAGUUCCCCGGCAGGUUCCUCUGGUGGUCUUCACUCUGUCAGCAUGAAGAGGAGGCUGCUGCUGGUGUCCAACUCCACUCUGCAUGGAGGAGGAUAUCUGGAGCACUGUCAGCAGCAGAUCUCUGACUUCUUCGGCAAGCAGGUGAAGAGGAUCCUGUUUGUCCCUUACGCUCUGCACAACCGCGACUCCUACACCAAAACUGCCCGAGACAAGCUGAAGACUCUGGGUUAUGAGGUGGACAGCGUUCACGAGGCUGCCGACCCGGUGGAGGCUGUUCGGAAUGCGGAGGGCAUUUUUAUUGGUGGUGGUAACACGUUUCGCCUGCUGAAAGCUCUCUAUGACCACAACCUAGUGACGGAGAUUAGGACAAGAGUCCUUCAGGACGGAGUUCCGUACAUGGGGUCAAGUGCGGGCAGUAAUGUGGCCACCUUCAGCAUCAACACCACUAACGACAUGCCCAUCGUUUACCCCCCAACCUUCUCAGCCAUCGGCCUGGUCCCGUUCAACAUUAACCCACACUACCUGGACCCGGACCCCAACAGCAGGCACAUGGGGGAGACGCGUGAGCAGAGGAUCGUUCAGUAUCACGAGGAGCUCGACACGCCGAGCGUCCUGGGUCUGAGGGAGGGCUCCAUGCUUCUGGUGGAGGGAAACAAAGCCACUCUGCUGGGCAGCACGAAGGCCAGACUGUUCCAAAGGGGGAAGCCGACCACUGAAUAUGACCCCGGGAGUGACCUGAGCUUCUUACUGACCAAUGCACAGUAACACAUCAGUAAACAGCAGCCUUUCUCUCUCUGAUGGAGUAUAAACAGCACUGUGUCACACAGUCAAUCACUGAAGUACAAACACAGUGUGUGUGUUUAUUAGAAGUGAUUUUCAUUUUUGUAAUAAAGGCCUAAACUGAA